AUGAUCACAAAGCUCGACAGGAAAUCUCCUCUUUUCCCUGUUUGUUCCAGCAUUCUCCUGCCUAAAAAGAAGUUCAUCUAUCAUUAUAAGAACAUGCGCUGGGCGAGAGGUCGGUGUGAGACGUACCUGUGUUUUGUGGUGAAAAGGCGAGCGGGCCCAGACUCCUUGUCCUUUGACUUUGGACAUCUUCGCAAUCGCAAUGGCUGUCAUGUGGAGUUGUUGUUUCUGCGCCACCUGGGAGCCCUGUGCCCAGGCUUGUGGGGUUAUGGAGUAACUGGUGAGAAAAAAGUCAGCUACUCCAUUACCUGGUUUUGCUCCUGGUCUCCCUGCGCCAACUGCUCCUUCCGACUGGCCCAGUUCCUCACCCAGACGCCCAAUCUCCGCCUCAGGAUCUUUGUCUCUCGUCUCUACUUCUGCGACUUGGAGGACAGUCGUGAAAGAGAAGGCCUGAGAUUGCUGAAGAAGACUGGUGUGCACAUCACUGUCAUGAGCUACAAGGAUUACUUCUACUGCUGGCAGACCUUUGUGGCUCGUAAUCAGACCAAGUUCAAGCCUUGGGAAGGUCUUCACCAAAAUGCUGUUCGCCUGUCCAGGAAACUCAACCGCAUUCUCCAGCCCUGCGAGACAGAAGAUUUAAGAGAUGCUUUCAAGCUUCUCGGACUGUGAAACUUUCUUCGGACCUUCUCUGGUGUUGGCAUUAAGUCUGGAAAGAAACAUGUCAGUGUUGGGUUUAUCACUACAACCGCUAAACUGAGAAAAAAUAAAGUUGUAGCAAGGCUUGCCAUUUUAGUUAGCUGCUGCUUGCUGUUUCUGUAGCUUGAUGUGAAAAUACAGUUGAAGAUAACACAUCUCAGCCAGGUCAUGCUAGUCAUGUUUGUUUUACCUGCUAAAAUAAAGUCAGACAAAAAUGUAUAAAUAUUGUUUUGUGUUAUUGAAGUUAGCAGCAAUGUUAGCUUUUUGUUAGCUUGUUAUCCAUUAGCUCUGCUAAUGAUUAGAAGGUGGAACAUUGAGGGAGACUGAUUAUCUCAAAUUAGAAUUAAUUGAGGCAAACAUCCCGCCUCUGACUGGCUAACAUCAGCGUGACUCUUCCACUGCCUUUGUUAACAAAACUCAAGAUAAUGUAAAACAUUUUCUGUGGUAAAAAAACCCGCAACAUAGACAGU